AUGCACCGCUUGCAUCUCGCCAUCCUCAUACAGCCUACACCCACCGGGGCGGUAAUGCUCGUAGAAAGUGUCCUCGCCGCAGUUCCAGCAAAACUUGCAGCCGCACGCGCACGUCAUAAGCGCGCAGCCGCCGUUCUUGACGAUGAACAUAGCACACUUCGGACAGAGCCUACCGCCCAUCUCGCACAAAGCCAUGGCGGUCUCGACCUUUUCCCAGGUCGCCACGGAGAGGCCGGCGCGCGUGCGCUGGCGCUCCUCCUCCGUCGCGUCCUGCAGGCGUUCCGCAAUCUCCCUCGCAUCCUCCCUUUCGUCAUCCGCAACGGCCUCCUCGCACCCCAGUGGCACGUGCCACUUGCGCUUGCACGCGACGCAAAACACGUACAGACAGUACGCGCAGCGCCCCAUGCUCGCGUCAUCGGUAUCCACCGCCGCCAUCUGCACGCAGCCCUCCCUCGGGCACGGCAUCAUCUCCGCGUCCCCGUCCAACGCCCUCUGCAGCAGGAAGCGCUCAUACUUGUCAUAAACGUCCUUCGCUACAGCCUCCCGAACCUCCGCCGGGCUCACCUCCGCCUUACACUCGCUCUUCGGACAGACGACAUCGCGCUCCCCGACGCGCCCCUCCUCGAUCCUGCUCUCCCAGAAGGCGGCGAGGCACUCCUUGCACGCAACGUGCCUGCACGCUGCGAGCGACAUGCACGCGGUGCCGAGCUUGUCCUCCCAGCACACGGGGCACUCAAAGCUGCCAUCGCGCAGCCUGUCCCUCUCCGCCUGUGCGGCGAAGGCCUGUAUCGCGUGUGCGAUCUCGCGCGGCGGCGCGGCCUUGCGCGCCGUGCGUGCAUCCGGCGGGGCGCGCGGGUCGUCCUCGGAGAGGCGGAGCUCGAGCUCGGUGCGCGCGGGGUGCGCGGGCGGGUGCGCGCGUUCGAUGACCUGGUCGAGCACGAAGUCGCGCACGGCGAGGGCCCACUCUAA